AUGGAGGCCGACGCGGAGCCCGAGGAGGAGCCCUGGGAGCUGAAGCUGGAGCGCGCCCUCCUAUCCCGCCUCGCCCCGGCACCCGACGAUGAUGAAGAGGAGGAGGAGGACGCGCAGAUCAUCGCACCGAACGAGGAGGACAGGUCCGCGCAGCUCGACGAGCUCAUGGCUCUCAAAUCCAUCUUCGGCGAUGAUCUUCGGGGACCCGCCGCCGCCGUCGCCGCGUCGAUGUGCGCCGGAGACGACGACGACGAAACCAUCGGCGCGUUUCGCUUCGACCUGACCAUCAGGUUGGACCGUGAGCCCAGGCGCAUCGACGUUCGCAUCGACGGCGCACCCGCCGCGACGGUCGUUUAUCCACCCCCCGUCGCGCUGCACGCCAUCUUCCCGCGGGAUUACCCAUCAGCGUCCCCGCCGCUACUCGCGCUCACCGCGUCGUGGCUCCCGCCGGAAGCCACGGAAGCCGCGUGCGAUACGAUGGCGGCGAUGUGGACACCGGGGGCGCCCGCGGUGUUCGAGAUGGCCGGGUGGCUCGCGGAGUCGUCGGUGGACGAGUGCUUCGCGCCCGGGGGUGUCCUCAACCUCGAGGGGUGCAACCUUUUACAAGGGGGACGCAAAGGGGGCCCACGCGGCGGAACCGAGUGCGCGGCGCGAACGACGACGCUCCGCGGGGUGUGCACCUCGAGGGACGCGCAGGAGGCGCUCUUUCGUCUGUUGCGUCACGACGCGGUGGAAAAAGAGCGACAAUUCGCGGUUCGCACGCACCGAUGCGGGGUGUGUCUCGAGGACGACGUCCUCGGCGCUGAUUUCGUCCGGCUCUGUAAGCCGCGGUGCGACCACAGGUUCUGUGCGCGGUGCGUCACGUCACAGGCGACCUUAAUGGUGCGAGACGGGACGGUGGGUUUACUCGUGUGCCCGGAGCCCGGGUGCGGGGCGCCGCCGGACCCGGAGGUUCUUCGAUCCGUCCUGUCCCCGGAGGAUUACGCUCGAUGGGAGCGACUGACGCUGGAGCGGUCGCUGGACGCGAUGUCGGACCUGGUGUACUGCCCCCGGUGCGAGGCGCCCGUGAUCGAGGACGGUGACGGGGAUCAUUGCGGUAGGUGCGCGUCCUGCAUGUUCGCGUUCUGUUCCCUCUGCCGCGAGUCGUGGCACCCCGGGGAGACGUGCCUCACCCCGGAGCGAAGGUUACGGGUGCUGGAGUCGAGGAGGUUGGGAGACGCGGCUAUGGGCGACGACGCCAGACGGAGGCACAGGGAGCAGGUGGCGGACGCCAUGGCGCAGCGGUACAUCGAUCGCGAGGGUAAGCAGUGCCCGCGGUGCAACACGGGGGUGGUCAAGAGCGAGGGGUGCAACAAGAUGACGUGCGGAGGGUGCGGCUGCUUUUUCUGCUACAAGUGCGGCAAAGAGGUCUUCGGCUACGAGCACUUCAGAGAGGGCGACUGCUCUCUGUUCGACUUGGACGCCAUCGCGGCGUGGGAGCGGGAGAUGAACGCGGCGUUCGUGGUCCAGGAGAACCGGAACAGGGACGCGCACGUGCGGGGUGGGGAGGUUAGGCAGACGCGUUGUCCCAAGUGCCGCCAGCCGAACUGGAAGCUCGAGAGGAACAACCACGUGCUGUGCUGGUCGUGCAACCAGCACUUCUGCUGCGCGUGCAUGCGGGUGGUGCGACGCGGCCAGGAGACCCGCGACCACUACGGGACCGGGCCCGGGAAGUGCAGGCAGCACUCGGCGGACUGA